AUGUUACCCAGAAGUACCAUCCGACAUCUCCCACCGCGGCCGCGGCUUCCAGACGCGCGGCUCGGCAAGAAGGCCGCGCGGCGCACCGACGAUGGACGCGAUGCAGAAACUGCGCAGGAACGGAUUCAAGAUCUACGGGAUGCUGUGAAGGAUGCCAAAGCCACAGGCCUCUCAGAGGAAGAAAUGGCUUCUGCAGUGGCAGUCCUUGAGCAACUGAUGAUGGAGGUCUUGGCGCGGAGCGACUUGGCGGAAGCCAUGCAGCUGGCCACGAUUGAUGCUUUGAAGCCAGCCAUUGAGAAUGCAAGGGCUGCAGGCAUCGAUGCCGAAGAGUUGAUUCCGGCGCAAACGCAGCUGGAGAAUGCCUACAAACCAACAGCUCGUGCGAAGUUAAAAGAGGCAGUCUUGACCCGCGACAUUCCCAGCAUCCUGGCAGCCAUCGAGCAAGGGAAGGCGGUGGGCUUGUCUGUGAUGGCCAUUGCCGAGGCGAUUGGCGCAGCUUUACGGCAGCCAAAAUCUGCAAGAACUCAAGGCUGCCAUCAACUUGGGACAGAUCAACGGCCUCAAGGAAGAACUGAACGAUGCACGUCGGCAGGUCCAGGAGCUUGA